ACGACACUUGAUAGCAUCAGAUGACAUUUCGAGACGUUUGAAUGGUCUGUCAAAGUGUUACGACUUAUGCUGUGUAUCUUGUAAUUUACAUAAACAAUUGGAUAUAAAUUUAUUUUAUAUCGCCCAAUAUACGCUUGCAUUCAAAUUCAUUAUUUAUAAUCAGCGUAAAGAGGUUUACAAGUGCUUGAAGUCGUCUAAUCUGUGUUGAUAUCUGGAAUUUAAUACAUUAAUUUAAACAAAAAUGACUUCGUACAGCGUAAUUACGCCUGAUUUUGUAAAUUUAUCAAUUACAAACUCUGGUCGAGAAUCAUGUCUCGUGGAGCGUCGAUUUCGGAAGGGUAUAACUAUUGACGAAUUUAAGGGUAAAUUGGAGCUUCUUACGGGUGGCAAUCCAGCUACAAUGACAGUCCAAGUCUACGACAAGAAUGAUAAACUUAUUUGUAAAUUGGAGGAAGGACAGCGUCUUUUGGGAUCAUAUCCAGUCGAUGAUGGCAUGAGGAUACAUGUUAUCGAUAAUUUUUCAAGCACUACAGAAGAUUUAAGCCAUGUGGAAAAGUUUGAGAUAUCCGAGGAAGAAUAUGCUAAGAAAACAGAUACUGUUAAGGCAUUCUUAGAAAAGAAUAAAUUAGGAAAAUAUAAUGAGGAAGAAAUGCAGAAAAGGGCGGAGGAAAAGAAACGAGAAGAGGAAGCAGAAGAACGCUUAGCUAGUUUGUGCAAGGUUGGAAAUCGUUGUGAAGUAUUUGUUCCAAAUCAACCAAAGCGAAGAGCUACAAUCUUAUUUGUUGGUAAAACUGAAUUUAAAGAAGGCUGGUGGGUUGGUGUCAAGUAUGAUGAACCUCUUGGCAAAAAUGAUGGAAGUGUUGGUGGUAAAAAAUACUUUGAGUGUGCACCAAAAUACGGUGGAUUCGUGAAGCCAUUGCAUGUGAAAGUCGGCGAUUUUCCAGAGGAAGAUUUUGAUAUGGACGAAGAAUUGUAAAACAGAAUUAUAUCUUUUAUUUAGCACUUUUUUAAUCAUAGUUUGUACAAUAAAAAAGUAGUUACACACGAAAUAAUAUUUAAAUUACAUAGAAUUUACCAAUUAAGUUUCAAUAAAUGAUGCAUCAUUUUCA